UGAACUACAACUUUAUUUUGUGAGUGAAUAAAACAUUUAGAAAGAGGUCUCUUUUGUAUAUCACACUUUCUAAACUCAUUAACAAAAAGAAAAACGCCUUUCAUGUAAUCAGUUGUCACUCCAUUACUCGAUAUGUCCAAAUCAAACUCAGCCCACGGACUUCUGGUCAAGUCAAUUAGACAGGAUAUAAAUCAUCCUACAAGCUUAACUUGGCAAGGAAAGAAUAACGCAUAACUCAACAUAUGAGUGUAAAACCCCUUAAUACAAUAAAUCUAGGAAACAUAAUUGUGAUGAUGCAAAACAUGGUGUGUAUAGGGUCAAAUGCUCUCUCAGUCAUAAAAACCUAUGGUGAGUUCUGUCUGUUUUGUGGGCUUUGAACGUCAAGCAAUAGCCAUCUUAUCACUUUACUAACGUUGACUGAAUUUCUUUCCUUAGUCAUGAUUUUUGUUCAGAGCAUCAUUGAAUAAAAAGGAUUGGAAAGAUAGUCUAAAAUGCACCAGCUAGCAUCUAGGGUCUGGCGUCUCUUUGGGGAAAUAACUCAAACCCUAAGUAAAUGUAUUUACUCCUGAGUGAGUCAUUGCAGUACAAUAUUGGACGAUGCCCUCACUUUGAACAUUUGAAAACGUGCCAUCGUUACUGACACGGAAGGCUUUAAUCAAAAUUACUUACAAACACCAGAGUACGAAAAUUAACCCGUAUGACUGUCCAAGCCUGACGCGUAAAACUUUUCAAAAUUGCAACACUGUCUCUGACUUUCGGUUUCUCUGGGGGUGUUGGUGUAGUCUGUGCUGUGCUGAUGUAUAUGAACUUCCGUUGUUGACAAAACAUGGCAGAGCAGUUAGUUGGGGAGGAUCUGAACUGCAGUAUUUGCCUUGACCUGUUCAGUGAUCCAGUCACACUGGAAUGCCAACAUACUUUUUGCAAGGGAUGCAUCAAGAAGACCUGGAAAGAGCAGAGACAUGUGUCUUCAAGUGCCUAUCGCUGUCCUUUGUGCAACAGAGAAUUCGAUCGAGAGCCCGAACUGAACACUAUAAACCCAACGCUCAGAUCGUUGGCUGAAAAGGUAAAGGCGAAGCAAAAUGCAUCUGCAGAGGCCGAGUGGUGCCGCCGCGAACCUGCGGCUGGCAUUCAAACCGAGGACUUGGGUGAGGAGCGCUGCGAGGUGCAUGGAGAGCUGCUGCAACUACUUUGCCUCUCUCACUCUUGGAGGGCGAUCUGCUUGCAGGGCAGCUCCAAGCAGCACGGAAGGUGCCAAAUUGUUUCUUUAGCAGAGUGGAAAGAUAAACAAGAGCAACUGAAUGAGAAAAUAACUCAAGUCACAUGUAGAAUUGAAGACCAUGAGAAAGUAAUCUUGCAGAGGGAACAAGAGAAGAAUUUGCUGAAAGAAUCUGUGUCAAGUGUGAAAGCAUCACUUAUAGAUGAAUUUGCCGUACUGAAGCAGUGUAUUGAGGAACAAGAGAAAGCUGUGUUGAAAAGUAUUGAUGCAGAAGAUAAAGUACUUUACUGCAGACUGCAGAGCAACAUAACCCAGACAACCAUGUUGAUAGAGAGGUUAAAGAAUGUCCGAGCUAAGCUCGAAGAAAAAAUGAAAAAUAACACCUGGGAUCUUUCACAGGACAUUUCCUCAGACAUAGAAAUAUGUGAAAAUGAGUCUUCGUUAGAUACCAGCUUAUUUCUUGACAAGAACAAGAUUGAAGCCAUUAGGGAUGCUGUGGAAAAACUCCGAGGCCAGUUUCUGGAAAGCGAUUUACAGAAACUAAUUCUACUUGAGGAAGAUGAAAAACCUGUGGCAUGCUCACAGCAAGGUACAGACUUUUUCUGUUCUGCAGAAUCACCCAGCAAUCAUCCUAAAAUAAUUAAUCCAUUUCAGCAGUUUGCUACCAAACUAACAUUUGAUCGAAUGACUAACUACAAACGUCUUCAAAUCUCAAAAGAUGGAAGAGUAGCUACAGUGUCUGGAAAAGACGUUCAGUGUUUUCCAAGUCCAAAAAGAUUUAAAGUCAAUCAAGUGUUUUGUGAACAGGGUUUCAGCUCUGAAUGCCAUUUCUGGAAAGUAAUUGCAAAACACAGUGGAGGAUGGGCCUUUGGUAUUUCUUAUGAUGACCUUGGGCGAAGGGAAUUUCUAGGAAGAAACAGCAAAUCUUGGUGUUUGGAGUGGAGUGAAAGACACUUAUCUGUUUGGCAUGAAAAUCAAAGGAAAAUCCUAAAAGACUACACAGAGCCCACUGUUGUAGGUGUCCUUCUGGACUGUAAUGCUGGCCUUCUAAAAUUUUAUUGUGUGAAUAAAACUGAAUUCCAGCUAUUACAUACAUAUGACAAUGAAUUUACAAGGCCCGUGUACCCAGCUUUCUGGCUAUAUGGUUUAAUGAAAGGAAGCUAUUUAGAAUUAAUUGACAUGGAAAAGGAUUAAAUCAUAUUGAUUGAUAUGUUAACACUUCACAACACACUGUAUAUUAUAGGUUGUAGAUCAGUACUACAGAUUCCUACUGUAAAGUGGAAUUCAUUUUCUAAUGUA